CCGAGACCGGCACUAAAGAGUAUCAAUAAAAUGGGGAGCUUAGAAUUGGCCUGUGCGAAAGCACGUAUUCGUGAUCGGCGAUCGGAAGACACGGUGGAUCAAACCUUAAUCUUACGUAGUAGCAGCAGGGCCUCUACGAGGACUUCUAGUAGCACAACAGCGGCGACACCGACAGCCAUUGCUAGUAAACGAUUGCGCGAAGAUGUCGAGAAAGACGUUCCUCGAAAACGUGCUUCCAUCAUCGUCGCCCAGCGGGCGUCGUCAGUAACGGACAGUUCCUGUGAUACGAGUAUUACUAGUGAUGAGAUCGUGACCCCUGAUAUGUCGUCCCUGCCUCCCAGUUCCCCACAAUCCGUCGCGUGCCAAGUUCCAUUCCCGUCGGACUCUGGCGCAACCAAAGAGUUGGUGAAGAAAGCGAGUUUGCCGGUCGAGGUCGAGGUGAGGGAAGAUCCCCUACACGGACUGGCGCCUCUAGAAGCGAACGCCGCCAUGGUUCUAGCCUCGCUAUUUGGUGGACUGUAA